GUAAGACUAUAAACUUAAUCAUCUGGUGAGGAUCAGAUAUGGGUCACCGUUGUCAUGAUGAAAAACCCUCGUUUAACCUUAGAAAACUUAUUCAGUUGUUCUUCUUCUUGAUGUUAAGUCCUCUGGCUCUGUGUCAACUGAGCUAUAAAUUCUACGACUAUACUUGCCCUAAUCUUACCAGAAUUGUUCGCUAUGGUGUUAUGUCAGCUCUUGCUAAUGACUCUCGCAUGGCUGCCUCUCUCUUGCGCCUUCACUUCCACGACUGUUUCGUUAAUGGAUGUGAUGCUUCAGUUUUACUGGACGAUACGAGCAGCAUGGAAGGGGAGAAAGGUGCAGCUCCAAACAGGAACUCAGUGAGAGGUUUUGAGGUCAUUGACGCCAUUAAAGCUAGCUUGGAGAAGGCUUGUCCUUAUACUGUUUCUUGCGCUGAUAUCAUAAGUCUUGCUUCAAGAGACGCUGUCUAUUUGGCUGGAGGUCCAUGUUGGUCAGUCCCAUUAGGCCGGCGAGAUGGCUUGACAGCAAACAAAGAUGGAGCAAACGACGAUAUCCCAUCACCUUUCGAAUCAUUACAGAACAUCACUGCAAAAUUCACUGCUAAAGGCCUCGACAUUAAAGAUGUGGUGGUCCUUUCAGGAGGACACAGCAUUGGUUUUGCUCAAUGCUUCACAUUCAAGCAAAGGCUUUUCGACUUCGGCGGCUCCGGCAUUGCAGACCCUGCACUUGACACGUCCCUGCUGCAGAGUUUACAGAAAACGUGUCCCGAUCAAGAUGAUUCUGACACUACUUUGGCUCCUCUAGAUCCUGUCACCACCAACAAGUUUGACAAUGUUUACUACAAAAAUCUUGUGAGUGGCACGGGCCUGCUACAGUCUGACCAAGAUUUGAUGGGAGAUAAUCAGACAGCUGCAAUGGUUGUCACCUACAGCAAGUACCCUUUACUGUUCUUCAGGGAUUUUGGAGCGUCCAUGGUGAAGAUGUCCAAUAUAGGUGCAUUGACUGGAAAAGACGGGCAGAUAAGGAGGAACUGUAGAGUGGUGAACAAUUAAA